AUCCCCCUCCACUCUCCAUAUCCCUGAUACCGACAUCCAUCUCCAGCCCCUCCAGCCCCAGGGCCUGCCGAUUUACCUCCGACAUCUUCCACAUCUUGCAGCUUCACACCAAGCAGUACGCUAACCUCAGAGGGGGUCAGCUCCUUUUGGAGACCCCUCCCACCCCCUCCCUCCUAAGCCCCCAGGGACGGGACCCUGUCAUGUUUCACUGACUGACCCCUCCCAACUGGCGAAUGACAAGUGUGCAUCCGAGGGUGGGGCUUGCCUCAGUCUCUCAUAAUUGGCUGCUGGAUGGAAUUAAGGUGAAUGGAACACAUGCCCAAGGAGCAGGACCCUAACCCAUCAGAGGGAGAAGAGAAACGGUGGCUCAAUGGCCCGAAAAGGAAGAGGAAGAACAGCACAUGUUCGAUGAAGAGUGUGUCUGGGUACAUCCCCAGUUACCUCGAAAAGGAUGAGCCAUGUGUGGUGUGUGGCGACAAGGCCACAGGUUACCACUACCGCUGCAUUACAUGCGAGGGCUGCAAGGGUUUCUUCCGUAGGACCAUUCAAAAGAACCUCCACCCCACCUACUCCUGUAAGUACGAUGGCUGCUGCAUCAUCGACAAGAUCACCCGCAAUCAGUGUCAGCUCUGCCGCUUCAAGAAGUGUAUUGCAGUGGGCAUGGCCAUGGACUUGGUGCUGGAUGACUCAAAGCGGGUGGCCAAACGGCGGCUCAUUGAGGAGAACAGGGAGCGACGCAAGAAGGAGGAAAUGGUGAAAACCCUCCAGACCCGUCCAGAGCCCACCGGGGCCGAGUGGGAGCUGAUCCGCCUGGUGACGGAGGCCCAUCGUCACACCAAUGCUCAGGGCGCACAGUGGAAACAGAAGCGCAAAUUCCUGGUAAGAAGACAUCAGAAAAUGAGACAACAUGAUGUGUAGCCACAUACGCUCUGA